AUGUCGUCGGAUCGUUUUCAACGAAAAGAAAUUAGAACUUUAAAACAACGAUGGAUAAUGAAGCAUAAAGAUCGUACAGAUGAUAUACCAAACUGUCCAUCUAUCGAGAACAUUAUUGAUAUGCCAAUACCUAAUGAAAUUCUACCGUCUGAGAAAACGGAAACUAGUAACGUCAUAACUGAUUCGUCAAUCUCGAAUGCUAAAUUACCGAAUGGUACAAUACAAUCGCAAACGACAAGCAGUAAUUCUUUCCCAUUGUACUUUAAAUAA